AUGCGCGAGAUAGCAGCAUUGAUGCCACCCAACUGUCAUCCUCAGCUUUACUAUACCGAGAUAACCCAUUGUUAUAACAUCAAGGGCAUUUUCUACCUCGAUCUCUGGCCCAUCGGCCCCGGAACGGUUGUCAUAACAGAUCCGAAACUCAUUGAACUAGCUCCAGUCCCCAAGCCAUUGCCUGUACACCCCCAAGCGGACAAAUUUCUGUCACUUAUGGUUGGAAAGGGUUGUAUCGCAGCACUCAGUGGUGGAUUAUGGAAGAAGAUGCACAAUGCGAUGAGUCCUGCUUUCUCGCCGACUCAUGUCCGUAACCUUACCGGUGUAAUGGUCGACGAAACUGCAGAGUUUAUAUCACAGCUGGACAAGCUUUCUGCUACCGGAGAAAUAUUUUCUAUGGAAGAGGCGCUGUCCAAGGUGUUGUUCGACAUCGUUGGUCGUGUUGUCUUCAAUGUUCCUCUACAUGCUCAGACAACCGGGAGUCAAGUACAUGCAGAUCUGAGAGCACUGGUAAACCUUGCUCGGCAAGAAACCGAUAUCCGCGUCGCAUACAAUCCCGUUAUCCAAACCUCCCGUCGCUGGAGGAGACGCCAAGUUGUCAAGAGGCUUGAGUCGUCUCUGCUUGACAGAAUUUACAACCGACUUGAGUUUUUGCUUAGUCAAGGAGCUGUUCCGUCAAGACAGAAUCCGACGAGUAUUCUGGAUCUCAUACUCCGGGAGUACGUUGAAGGUUUAAACAAUAUAGGGGACAAAAGCCACGGCGAACCAGUAAAGCUUUCAAAAACUGACGAAACUUUAAUUCUAAGCAGCCUUAGAAUCUUACUUCUAGGGGGUCAUAGUACCUCAACAAAUGCUCUCAGUUAUCUAUUCAUGCUUCUUAGCAAAGCACCCGACGUUAUGGAGAAGAUGCAUAAAGAGCACGUUGAAGUACUCGGAACUCAUCCCCAAACGACGCUCCGGACCAAUCCAGAAACUCUACAUAAGCUAACUUACACAGAAUCCGUCAUAAAGGAGUCUUUGAGGCUCUUCCCUUCAGGUUCCAGUCUUCACCAAGGCCCUCCCGGCGCAACAGUGUAUCACAACGGUCAACACUUCCCCAUCGACAACGACCUCGUCGUAACAACAAAUGGCCACAGCAUACACAAUGACCCCAGCAUCUAUCUCGAUCCCACAGCCUUCCGACCAGAGAGAUGGCUUGGCCCGGACAAAGUGUCGUUGGGAUCAGGGUACUUUCGACCGUUUGGAGGGGAUGGGCGGUCCUGUCCCGGACAGGGCAUGGGGAUGAGUAUGCUCAAGAUAAUUGUGGUGAUGAUGGUCGGGGAUUAUACGUUUGAGUGUGCUGGGUUGAAGGCAAAUGGGAAGCCUAGGACUUUGCAUACGGAUCUUGAUGUGACGUUUGGGGAUAUUGUGUUUCAGCAGUUGGGGUUGGAGGGUAGGCCGAGGGAUGGGAUGAUGAUGGCUGUUAGGAAGAGGACGUGA